GACGAAGCUGACGAUGAUGGCGGUGGCGGCGGCAAUGAACUCCGCACUCGGGUCCUGCUGAUUCUUCUGCGCGGUCAAACAUGUCUUCCUCCCAUUGCUACAGCUCCUCAACCAUGGCUUCUUUGUCGGCCGUCUCGACCGCCCAGGCAAGAUCCUCAUCUCCUUCCUUCGCCUUCCUCCCCAAUUCAAAACCCAGGAGCAGAGUCGCCUGCGCUCUCGGAGGGGUUGUGGCGGAACCAACGGCAGCUACAUGUGUUUCCAAGCCGUUGUUGCUUAAUGCUGUUCGUGGAAAAGAGGUGGAAAGACCUCCGGUUUGGCUCAUGAGACAAGCAGGGAGGUAUAUGAAGAGUUACCAAGAUAUCUGUGAGAGGUAUCCUUCCUUUCGUGAAAGAUCUGAGAAUGUUGACCUUGUAGUGGAAAUAUCCUUGCAGCCAUGGAAUGUCUUUAAGCCCGACGGGGUUAUUUUGUUCUCGGACAUUCUCACCCCUCUUACAGGAAUGAAUAUACCAUUUGACAUUGUCAAGGGUAAGGGUCCUGUCAUCUUCAAUCCGGUACAGACAAUUGCUGAUGUUGAUCAAGUGAGAGAAUUUACUCCUGAAGGUUCAGUGCCCUAUGUGGGAGAAGCAUUGAAGAUUUUGCGAAAAGAGGUGGAUAAUGAAGCAGCAGUCUUGGGUUUUGUCGGUGCUCCUUUUACUUUAGCAUCUUAUGUGAUUGAAGGUGGUUCAUCAAAGAACUUCACAAAGAUAAAGAAAUUAGCUUUCUCGCAACCCAAGGUACUACAUGCAUUGCUCGAGAAAUUCACAACCUCCAUGGCAAAGUACAUUAAGUACCAAGCUGACAAUGGAGCUCAGGUUGUUCAGAUCUUUGAUUCAUGGGCCACAGAGCUCAGUCCCGAAGAUUUUGAGGUGUUCAGCUUGCCUUAUCUGAAGCAAAUUGUGGAUUCUGUGAAGCAAAGCCAUCCAAAUCUCCCUCUAAUUCUUUAUGCUAGUGGAUCUGGUGGCUUGCUCGAGAGGUUAGCCUUGACAGGUGUUGACGUUGUCAGCUUGGAUUGGACAGUCGACAUGGCAGAAGGUAGGAGGCGACUGGGAGCUGACGUGGCUGUCCAAGGUAACGUGGACCCAGGGGUCCUUUUUGGCUCAAAGGAGUUCAUUACCAAGCGGAUACAUGAUACCGUGAGGAAAGCUGGUAAAGGGAAACAUAUCUUGAAUCUUGGUCAUGGCAUUAAAGUAGGUACACCGGAGGAAAACGUUGCUCAUUUUUUUGACGUUGCGAAAGAUAUUCGAUAUUAGCAGCCAAUGUCAAAUAGCAAACCUUCUUACUGAUCAUGGUGCUGUUCUGCUUUUCAUUUUCAACCUUCUUUCUUUGGCGUGGUCUGUAAUCUCUAGCUGUCCAUUUAGGGAAACGAUAAUCAUAUUGAGGACGAAUGCUAUUUGCACAGUUAUUUUUUAGGGAAAAAGUAGAUGAAUUGCAUAA